UAAACUCAGGAAAAUCAGUAUCUCAGUUUACAAAUCUUCCUUGUGAAAUUCCAUGAACAGCGGUUUUUGAAGUUUCCUUUACACGUGUUGUGUGGCUGUUUUUAAUGAAAGAGGAGUGACAGCCUGAAUGUGAAACAAUAUUUGCGAAACGAUAUUAACUGUAAUUAUAUAGGAUCAUGCCACAAUAAUAUUAGAAUCGUCAAGGAAACAAAUGACUCAAUUUGAAACAUGGAAUAAUUUUCACACAAAUGUACUUUUGUCUGUACUUUAGCAAAGGUUAAUUCGUAGAAUAUUCUCAGUAAUAUAAAAGAUCCUGUAAAGGUCCGUAUAUUCAAGGUCUUAAAACUGGCCUCAACGACGCUCAUCCAUAUCGUCAUCUCUCUUUUUUAAUGUUUUAGUGGAGCUUAGACCUCCAUUUUUAUCGCGUACUUGAAAAACACUCAUGGCACGGAAUGGGUUAAGGGGUCGAGAGCGGGCUUGUAUUUCGUGCGAAAAUCCCAGCCCAGGACCCAUCAAGCUCUUGUAUUAUCGUUGGAGACUUCAUGGACCAUUUUUUCCACUUUUGGAGCGCCUAAAGAAUGAAGAUAACGCGAAAUUGUUCAGUAAUGGUCGCGUCCCUGUCUGCACAUCAUGUGCAAAUUAUUUACAGCGACAAUGGAAUGACUACGAACGGAAAAACAUAAGCCUUCCAAUCGAGAAACGGACUUACAGACUAUUGACAGAUGAAAGAUGGGAGAAAAUCAACAGGAAGAAAGAAUUGGAGGAGGCUGAACAAAGAGCAAAUCAAAGAUCUCAAGAAAUAUCGAGCUAUGAUGAAAAUGACGAGCUUCCGGAAAUUAUUCCUAGCCCGGUUGAGAGCCGCAAACCACCUUUUUCAAGAAAGAGCAAAAUUCCUCGACUGGCAAAACCUCAUCGCGAAUCGCCGUGUGAGAAAUCUUCACUUGAAAUCGUGGAAUUGAGAAGUCAUAGUGGGCAAGAAUUAGAUCAACGUGUUCGCACAGCGGCUAGUAAAAUGGCGGAUGAACAACGAAGUAAGCUCAUACGAAAACUAGCCGAGAUAAAAUUUCAAGAAGAGCUGGAUUAUGUUCAAAGAAAAGUACAGAAAACGAUGGGUAUGGUACAUCUGAAAGGCCGCGAGGAGCGAAUCCGCGAAAUUGAGUUAGAAUUAGAAGGUAAGAUAAGCAGUAAUGGUGAAUCCAGAGAUGGCCGCAUGUCGAACGAAAAGAUGUCAGAAAAAGCUGCAAUUACACCGCUUGAAGCUAAAGAACAAGAGAAUAUCUCUGAACUGAGACAACACAUUGAGAAAGAGAUGGCAGUUCAGCGGAUAGAAAUGGAUAAACUAAGAAAAAACAUCAAACACGAGAUUGCUCAAGCAAUGGACGAGAGUUACAGACGGAAUGAAGAACUCUGGCAACUGAUCGGAGAAAUGAAUCAACAAAAACGUAGCGGUUCGUACCAUCAGCGAAGAAAUCGACCAUUCAGUGAUGGUGAUUCGUUUAAUAAGUUACCAAAGCCGAAUAAACAAAUGGCAAGAGACGCCAGAGACGCUAGAGAUGAGAGGAUCUCAGGUGAUUAUGAAGAUGCUGAAAGUGAUCCGUACGACAAUGGUCAUCGUUGACUUGAAUGCCUUGCGGCAGUUAUGCAAAAAUAAUUGAUGUAUGUAUUCUAUUUUGCUGUCCUAUACACCGUAUACUAAAAAAAUUGCAAUGAUCACUUGAAUAUUUAUCGGACACCAACUUAAUAUCAUCAUAAUAAUCGAGGAGAUAUAGUCUUUAUAGAUGACCGAACACACCAUGUAUGUUAAAAAAACUGUAUAAAUGUAAAUAUAUUAUUUCAUAUCCUGUGCCUUUUAUUUGAAACAUUUCAA